UUCAAACCCUUAACUGGACAAGACAAACCUAUCAGAACUGUGCUGACAAAGGGAGUCGCUGGCAUUGGAAAAACAGUCUCUGUGCAGAAGUUCAUUCUGGACUGGGCUGAAGGAAAAGCAAAUCAGGAUGUCCAAUUUGUAUUUUCAUUCCCUUUUCGGGAGCUGAAUUUGAUGAAAGAGGACAAACACACUUUCAUUGAACUUCUCAAUCACUUCUCAAUGGAAACCAAACAAUCAGGAAUCUCCAUCUACAACAAGUACAAAGUUCUGUUCAUCUUUGAUGGUCUGGAUGAGUGCCGACUGCCCCUAGACUUCCAGAAGAACAAGAUCUGUUGGGACGUCACAAAGUCAACCUCAGUGGAUGUUCUGCUGACAAAUCUCAUCAAGGGAAAUCUGCUUCCCUCUGCUCUCCUCUGGAUAACUACCCGACCUGCAGCAGCCAAUAAGAUCCCUUCUGGGUGUGUUGACCAGGUGACAGAGGUACGAGGGUUCAAUGACCCACAGAAGGAAGAGUACUUCAGGAAGAGAUUCAGUGAUGAGGACCUGGCCAGCAGAAUCAUCUCACACAUAAAGACAUCAAGGAGCCUCCACAUCAUGUGCCACAUUCCAGUCUUCUGUUGGAUUUCUGCAAUAGUCCUUGAACACAUGAUGCAACAUAAGAGAGAAGAGAUGCCCAAGACACUGACUGAGAUGUACACACACCUUGUGGUGUUUCAUACCAAACAGAAGAAUGAAAAGUAUCUUGGGAAAGAAGAGACAGGUCCACACUGGAAUAAAGAGAGCAUUCUGUCACUGGGAAAACUGGCUUUUCAACAGCUUGUGAAGGGCAAUCUGAUUUUCUAUGAAGAAGACCUGAAAGAGGCUGGCAUUGAUGUCAAUGAAGCCUCAGUGUACUCAGGAUUGUGCACACAGCUCUUUAAAGAGGAAUGUGGGCUGUACCAGGACAAGGUGUACUGCUUUGUUCAUCUGAGCAUUCAGGAGUUUCUGGCUGCUGUAUAUGUGUUCCUCUCAUUCAUCAACAACAAUGAGAAUCUAAUGGACAAACUGCAAACAAAGUCCAGUAUCUUUUCUUUGCUGUUCAGAGACAAGCCUGAAGUUACUUUCUACAAGAGUGCUGUGGAUAAAGCCUUACAAAGUGAGACGGGAAACCUGGACCUUUUCCUCCGCUUCCUUCUGGGCCUCUCACUGGAGUCCAAUCAGAAGCACUUACGAGGUCUACUGACAAAGGCAAGAAGCAGCUCACAGAGCCAUGAAGAAACAGUCAAGUACAUCAAGGAGAAGAUCGGGGAGGAUCUCUCUCCAGAGAGGAGCAUCAAUCUGUUCCACUGUCUGAAUGAACUGAAUGACCAUUCUCUAGUGGAGGAGAUCCAAAGAUACCUGAGAUCAGGAAGUCUCUCAAAACCCAACCUGUCACCUGCACAGUGGUCAGCUCUGGUCUUUGUGUUGCUGACUUCAGAAAAGGAGCUGGAUGUGUUUGACCUGAAGAAAUACUCCAGAUCAGAGGAAGGUCUUCUGAGGCUGCUGCCAGUGGUCAAAGAGCUGGACCUGAGUAACAAUGACCUGAAGGAUUCAGGAGUGAAGCUGCUCUCUGCUGGACUGGGGAAUCCCCACUGUAAACUGGAGACUCUGAGGCUGUCAGGCUGUCUAGUCACAGAGGAAGGCUGUGCUUCUCUGGUCUCAGCUCUGAGGUCAAACCCCUCACACCUGAGAGAGCUGGACCUGAGCUACAAUCACCCAGGAGACUCAGGAGUCAGACUGCUCUCUGCUGGACUGGAGGAUCCACACUGCAGACUGGAGAAACUCAAGUAUGUAGAGGGUUUAUGUCAAUGUUCAUAUCAGACAUGUUGGACUUAUCAGGCUGGUCUGGACCUAAACACAGUAAACAGACACCUCUCUCUGUCUGAGGGGAACAGAAAGGUGACAUGGAGGACAGAGGAGCAGCCGUAUCCUGAUCACCCAGAGAGAUUUGAGUACUGGGAACAGGUGCUGUGUAGAGAGGGUCUGACUGGGUGCUGUUACUGGGAGGCAGAGUGGAGUGGGGGGGCUGUUAUAGGAGUGACAUAUAAAGGAAUCAGCAGGAGAGGAAGGGUUGAUGACUGUUGUCUUGGAUACAAUGACAAGUCCUGGAGUCUGUUCUGCUCUGACAACAGUUACUAUGCCAGGCACAAUGAUAAUCACACUACCAUAGACGUCCCCUCCUCCAGCUCCCACAGAGUAGGAGUGUAUCUGGACUGGCCAGCCGGCACUCUGUCCUUCUAUAGAGCCUCCUCUGACACACUGACCCACCUGAUCACAUUCACCUCCACAUUCACUGAGCCCAUCUGUCCAGGGUUUAGGGUUUGGGAUGAUGACUCCUCAGUGUCCCUGGAAUAACACAGGGUUUGGGAUAAUCACAUUUAUGGAUCAGAAAUACACACACACACACUCUGGACACACACACACUGGACAAAUACACACACACACACUCUGGACACACACACACACUAGACACACACACACUAGACA